UCAUCACUUCAGGUUGCAACACUGCGGCCUUUUCGGUGUCGAACGCAAGCAUCAGCGACUAGCAUUGUACUAACGCUGGCUACUCGCGUAGAACCCAACAUUGCAUCCAAUAGUGCACAAAUCAGCCCGCCCAAGCAUCCUGUUAAAAUACCCAUUACUGCCAUUCUCGAGGACUUUGCCCAAGCAAGCAGCCCUUCUAGGCUUGCUGCUGGCACCCACGCUGCACCAUGAAGUUCGGUAAACAGAUCCAGAAGCGUCAACUCGAGGUACCAGAGUAUGCCGCCAGUUUCGUCAAUUACAAAGCGUUGAAAAAGCUCAUCAAGAGGCUUUCGGCUACUCCUGUGCUCAGCGCGCAAAAUGACCCUCACCAGCCCUCCACGCCUAUAGACUCGCAGGCUGCCCUGCAAGCCAACAGAGCAAAGUUCUUCUUCCAGCUGGAACGAGAACUCGAAAAGGUGAAUGCAUUCUAUCUACAAAAGGAGGCAGAGCUCAAAAUCCGGCUCAAAACCUUGUUGGAUAAAAAGAAGGUGCUUCAAUCACGGCAGGGCGUCUCAAGACGAUCCGCCAAGUUCACAACACUUCAGGAAGGUUUUCAGCAAUUCGCAAAUGAUCUUAACAAGCUUCAGCAGUUCGUCGAAAUCAACGGAACCGCGUUCUCCAAGAUCCUGAAGAAAUGGGAUAAGACAUCAAAAUCCAAAACUAAGGAGCUGUACCUUUCACGUGCUGUAGAGGUACAACCAUUCUUCAAUGCCCCGGUCAUUAGUGAAUUGUCGGACCAGGCGACGACUAGUCUCCAAGAACUGGGGGCUUGGGCCGAAGGUGAUAAUGUCAGCUUCGAGGUUCGCCAGGAGCAUACGGUUAGCAGUCAACACUUGUUAGGCACGGACGAAGGGGAUGCCGAUUCUUUACUCCUCGAUACAGCUAUCUCCGGCAAUCUCGAAUCGCUGCGUGACAUGCUUACCAGAAUGAGAAACGCAUCCAACGCAUCAGCCACCAUGGAAGCAUCUCUUAUGGAAAGAGUUACAAGGACGUUUCUUGCUGCGAUACAUGAAGCUCCUCAGCCUUCUCUCGAGGUCUUACUUGGGACGGAAUUGGUUGAUAUCCAGUCUGAAGACGACAUCAACGAGCGAAACUGCCUGCACCAAGCAACUAUUUACGGCAACUCAUUUGUGCUGAAUGUCGGCCUAUCGGGGGGAGUCGCGGUCAAUCGGACAGAUGUCUAUGGCAGGGUUCCACUUCAUUAUGCCAGCAUGCAUGGAAGACUAGAUAUGCUCGAUGCUCUUCUACAAGCCGACCGUUCGACCAUUGACCUCAUAGACCACGAUAACUUUACGCCUUUGAUCCAUGCAAUCAUACAUGGUAAUCUGGCCUGCGUAGAGCACCUUCUAGCAGCAACUGCUCGGUUGGAUCCAAAGUCAGACACUGAUCACGUUCCUUUGAACCUCGCUUGUGAGCAUGGCUCAGUCGCCAUAGUUGAGCUUCUGCUGCGUAAUGGAGCCAAUAUUUUACCCGAUGCUGAAGGACUAUAUCCUCAGCAUCUUGUCGCGCGUUCCGGUCAGACUCCUAAGCUCUUACUCCUCCUCAAGCACUUCGGUGCCGAUCUGGACCAGAUUGAUAAGCUCUAUGGAUGGACACCUCUUGUCCAUGCUGCCAGCGAAGGUAAUGUGCCAUGCCUGCAGGAACUACUCAAUGUAGGUGCCAAUGCCAACAUAUUGGACGAGAAGGAUCUUCCCGCAAUGUACUAUGCUGCAUGGGAGGGUCAUUUGCAGUGCAUGAAACUACUCACACCAUAUCAAAAGGGGAAGACGACGAGUCCCAUGGUUAUGCAAGCAUCGGGAUCUUCCUUGGUACCUUUGGGGGCUGACACUGGUCCCAUGUCUAUGGCCCUUGAUCCGGAUGACAUUCCCUCUCUGGAGUUACCGCCUCCCAUCAUUCCUCUGCGUAGGUACGGACAUAACUUCCUCGACACCAAGGCUGUGGUCCAACUCAGUUUCGAAGAACAUGGGGAGCACCCGCUUGUCUUCUUCCACGACAGCAAAUACCCAGCGGCGCGACUCACCAUCUCGUCCAAGGUCUCUGAUCUUAUACCGAAGAACAUCAUUCUUCCGUUCCAGGAGGACACCCGAUUGGUCUCAUUUCAGGUUGACAAUCUCGAGACAUUUUCUCUGGAUUUCGAUGUGUUCCCGGCAUAUGGGGCCAAGGUGAUUGCUAAAACGGUGGCCCUACCAAACACCUUCAGAGCAUUGUCUCACAGCUCGAGUCGAUGCUGCUUACCCCUUUUCGACCCUCGACUUCGAGCUAUAGGUCAAAUCAGUUUCACCACGCAGGUCAUCAAGCCAUUUCAAGGGAUUCCGUUGGAGAUUACGGAUUUUGAAACAUAUUGGAAGGCAACGAGUCAGCUCGAAUCGCAUCAGAGCAUGUUCGUUACAGGGUCAAGUCUGUCAGGCGACUUUGUUCAAUUAUUCGUACAGUCUACAAGCGACUGCGUGCCGGUAUUAUGGCCACAGUGGCGCAUAGAUUGCGGUGGUGUUGACAUACCGGUAUCACGGCUCACCUUCGAGCAAUUCAAUACGGUAACAGCCCACAGCCCUGCCCGAGCUCAUUUGGCUGCGGUAUCAUCUCAGCGCCAGGAGAAUAUUGCGGAUGUGCAUCGUGUCUUGGCCACUGCCGGCAUAACGCUACAGCAUGCCCUGGCCAUUCUACCCGCAACGAUGCAUGUCAACUUGCAGAUUAUCUAUCCUUCAGAAGAGGAAGAACGUGGACUAGAUCUUGGGCCCACCGUGGAUAUCAAUGUGUUUGUGGACGCCAUACUUGCAGUCGUUUUCGACCACGCCAGAGCCCAAAGACAACAUGUCAAGGCGCCGGAGGUCGUCCGGUCAGUGGUGUUCAGCAGUUACAACUCGACCCUCUGCACCACACUCAACUGGAAACAACCCAACUUCCCGGUAUUUUUAUGCAAUGACCUGGGCAAGGCAGACGAUCUAUCAGGAAUCCAGAACGGUUAUAUGCAGAGCAGUGGUCGCCGGACAAGCAGUAUCAAGGAAGUGGUCCGCAUUGCGCAAAACAACAAUUUCAUGGGCUUGGUGUGCAGCGCGCGGCUUCUGGACAUGGUACCAGCGCUUGUCGACGCAAUCAAAUCUCAGGGCUUGGCUUUGGUCAUCGACAAGUCGGCCGACGCAUCAGCCGAACCACAUCCGUUUGCUGAUCCGUUCCCGCGGCUGCCGAAGGGUAUCGAUGGCAUGCUGAAGAACAAUGGUGUUUUACGGUUCAAUGAGUCAAUAGACGUGUAGUUUUGCAUUAAUGAUUCGUGUUCACUGCAUUAUGGGGAGGGCCAGAACCAGUCUGGGGAAAUAGCAUUGUGGCAGAAGGCAGUGGGAGGUUAAGGUCUAGAUUGUAAUCCAUCUGUUAUAAUAUACCUGAUCGUGCUUCACUAAAUGCGCGCAAGGGGCGAGGGAAGGGGUAAGGAGGUAGGUGGUGGCUGGCAACGUUCGAUAGCGGAUGG